AUGAAAUAUUUACCAUUCUUUUGAAAUCGCCCCACCAGCAUUGAGGCGCGUUGCACUUUGUGCGAGCGUGUUGUUGUCCAGUCACGCUUGUUCACUCGCAACGCAUUCUUUUUUUAGACCGACACAUUGGCCAUGAAGAACCGCCUUUCCACCAUCUGCGCACUGCAGGUCAUGGCCGCCUAUUUGCUUCCUCUGGCCAGCACUGCCAGGAUCUCCAAAGCAACUUCUUCUUUCUCACCGUUCCAGUCAUACUACAAUGGAAUUCCCAGCAACGAUAAUUCCUAUUUGGUGAGUUAUUUCUAUACGACACCCGUGAUCAUUCAUGCAGAAUACCAGCAGCCAUUAGGGCCGUUCUUUGGAUAUUUCCCAAAUUUGUUGACGUCGCCGUGCAGCCCGUGUCCACUAUGUCCCGCUGCUCCCGACUGUCCCUCAACGCCACCAACGUGCCCUGAAACAACCACUGCAAAUCCAACAACUUCCACAACAACCACAGCAGAGACAACUACAACAACUCCUACAACUACUACCACAACCACCGCUGCUCCCGCCACAUGCCCGACAUGCCCCAGCUGCACGACAUGUCCUGCAACUACUACCCCAACAACUUGCCCAACUACCACCACCACUACCACCGCUGCCCCUCCUACCUGUCCCACCUGUCCCACCUGCCUGACGUGUCCUGAAACUACUACCCCAACAACUUGUCCAACUACUACCACCGCUACCACCGCUGCUCCCCCUACCUGUCCCACCUGCGCCAGUUGCAUAGCAUGUCCUGUGCCACCCCCAUCGCCAAUCGUCACAGCUUGUGACAACGCAUUGAAUGCCUAUGCGUCAGCUGCACCGAACGGGACCAUCUCGGUAAAUCUUCCCACCGCCAAUACGAAUUUUAAUUGCCAGUACAGUUUUGUGGCUUAUCCGCCGACGACUAGAAUUGUAGUGAGAUGCAGCAGUAUCUCUGCCGGCGCCAGAUUCAGGCUUUCUCCGGCAACUCCUCAAACCGCUGGAGUGCUAGGCGUCGACUACACUUCGAUGGGGACCUACUUGAUUAUGACAGCAAAUAACCUUUUAAGCAAUGUAAAUGGAAUACAAUUGAGCUGCACUUGGCAAGCCGUUUGAAAAAUUUGAA